AUGGACGGCCCGCUCUCCCCUCGGGGAACCCGCAGCGGGCGCGGCCGCCUGGCCGUCUCCCCUGCCCCCUCAGCUGCUCUCCUGACCCUGUGGAUGAGGCAGGAGGAACACGAGGGGGCUAGCCUCCCCAGCCACCAGCCCCGUGCCUUACCAGGGCUUCCUUCCGGCCGGCCUUACCUCCCGCUGGAGCCCAGGCCCGGCCCCAGCCCCUUCCGAGGAUGGGGGCCGGGGUCUCCCCCUUCUCUCUGCUUGGAGCGGAGGGGCACCAGCCUCGGCUGUUACACAUCUUGCACCGAGACAGUAUUGGGCCCGCCCGGCGGACUUGGGUUCGGGGGGGGUGGGCUGGGGGUCUGGAACGUGCCGAGGGAGGGCCCCCUGGCGCUCUUCCGCUCUCUGGGCCUCACGUUCUGCAGCCUUAAGGGCCUGUGGAGCCACAAGGUGGGGAAGCUGGUAGAGGAGGUACCUGGGGUGCUUAAGCGCAGGUUGGAGGGUGGAGGUUACUUCAGCGGGAAGCUGGUGAAGAGUCUGUGGAAGAGUCCAAACGCCUGCCUCGACCCAGAGCCUCAGAGCACCUCAAUUCCUGACAGCGUCCUGGCGGGCAGGAGCGUCUCCCCAGGACGCCUGGAGAGGCCCCCGGGGCCUUGCGCGCCGCCGGGGCUGGAGGAGGCUCUGAGUGCGCUGGGGCUGGAGGGAGAACGUGAGUACGCCAGGGACAUCUUCGCCGAAGUCAUGGGCUGGACUCCGGGAGGGAAGCCAGGCACAGGUGUGGAGACUGAAGCCGUCCUUGCCCGACCGCAGGUGUGCCGCGCGCUGCCCCGGAGGGCCCUGCCCCGCACCGUGACCCCAGAGAUGCGCGCGCUAGUGGUGGACUGGCUGGUUCAGGUGCACGAGUACCUGGGUCUGGCGGGGGACACGCUCUACCUGGCCGUGCACCUGCUUGAUUCCUACUUGCGCGCGAGCCGAGUGCGCCUACACCGCCUGCAGCUGCUGGGCAUGGCCUGCCUGUUCUUGGCGUGCAAAGUGGAAGAGUGCGUGCUUCCCGAGCCCUCCUCCCUCUGUCUCCUGGGCGCUGGCUCCUUCUCGCGGGCCGAGCUUCUGCGCGCGGAGCGCCGCAUCUUGAGCCGCUUGGAUUUCCGGCUGCACCACCCGGGCCCGCUACUUUGCCUCGGGUUGCUUGCUGCUCUGGCCCGGAGCGGCCCCCAGGUGUUGCUUCUCGCCACUUACUUCUUGGAGCUGUCUCUGCUAGAGGCCGAAGCCGCAGGGUGGGAGCCGGGUCGCCGUGCAGCUGCGGCGCUGAGCCUGGCUCACCGAGUGCUCGAGGGAGCAGGUUCCGGGCCUGAGCCGGCGCUUUACAGCCGAGCGGAGCUGGGCCCGCUCGAGCCGUGCAUGGUCCGCGCUGCGCUCCGAGGCCCCGCGCCCGGCCGCGCCGCCGUCUUCCUCAAGUACGCGCGGCCCCAGCGCCAGGGCACCAGCCUCGCCGCCGCCUGCCUGCUCCGCCACUCCCCACCGGGGCCUCCCUGAGCCCGGAGACCCCAGCAAAAAAGACUCUUCUUGUGCGUCGGUUUCCCACUUCAAUAAAAAAGUUUUUAUUCC